CAUUCCGGUACCACAUGCCGUCUCUAUUUGGGGUUAGAUUGGAAGCACUCGAGCUUCACCUGAAUGGCUGGCCUUACGAGGUCCUGGUUGCACAGGCAUAGCCUGAUCGAACUCAUGGCUUAAAAGCCCCGUUCUCCCGGAAUGUGUUGCGCAUCAGAAACUGUGCGAAACAUCGAGGCUCUGCUCUCGAGUCAAUCAGCUGCAGCAAGACCAUCACCAUGGGAUUUUCGUACGACGACUGCCGUCGAUUCCCCGGUCCUCUUGAACCGUAUGGAGAUAUAGCAGGUUUAGGUGUUGUCAUCGGGUUCGUCGCCAGCGCGUGGCUGACGGUCCUGAUCCUCGUCGCCUACUACGUCUUCGCCUUCGAUCCACUCGCGGACCCUUUUGAGGGCACAGGCAAACAGAACAAUCAGAACAAGCCCCCUUACACCCCGAACCCGAUGGAUUUGCUGCUUGCCAGUUACACGAAGUACUUGCGGAGACGCCAAAAUCACGAGGGAUACUCAAUUGAAAACGUAUUUCACAAGUGUAUGCUCUCUCUUGCAGACGCACAGUUGAUCACCGGAAUAUCCAUUCUCGUCAGUGGGUUCUGGUCGCUGAAGCACGGUCCGGGCUUGUCUGCCUAUCAUUGGAAAAUGGUGGUGUCUCUGGCUUGGUUUUCGAGCGUAACCCAUCUGUCGGCUCUCACCUUCUUACGAUCAUACCUUGCAAAGCAUCCAGCAGGACGUCUAUGGCGCCUUGGGCUGAUGCUUAUCCUUCUCGUCCUCCUCUCUGUUGCAUUCAUACCGACAGGUCACUUCGUUUUCAUUAAUACCACUGUUGAUGCCACCUUUUUCUACAAUCUAGAUCAGGCAUCGUACCCUACUAGUGUCAUCGAUCUAGGUCAGGCAUUAUACCCUAUCGACUGCGAUGACUUUCAGCCCCCUGAUCCCGGAUUACCGUAUUCUCAUUAUCUACCGUAUUAUCCCAAGCCUUCUGAGUAUUUCAACAGAACUAUUGAUGCAGAACUCCUAAGGAACGGCACGAUUGGCCCCAAGAACUGCAGAAUUGCAGGCACGCCGGCCUUUCAGCUCAUUAUUACUGGUGCUAUAGUACACCUAAACGAAACAGAGUACCUAUGGAUUAGGGAUUACCCUGCUGUCCAGCGAACUACUUCAAUUCUUCUUGCAUCACCUGCUGCAUGCUUUUUCAAAAAGAGCAAAGGCCAACCAACAGUCGCGUUCGUUUCUAUGGUUUCGUCUCUACUUCUUCUGGCAUAUAGCUAUUUGAUCAGAGCAGCAAAGGUUUUCGAAGGACCCAGUCAGAUAAUAUCGCAACGUAUUCAAAGCGCGUUGGAUCGAGGGUACAGUGCUUUGGUUAAAAAAUGGAACUGGUGUCUCACUCGCAGGAAGCGUGGAGUGUUGGUGGCCUUCGGAAUGGUGUUCCUCCCUUUCCAAGCAUCAAUAUACUGCACUGUGAGGGUAUUUCUGCAUCUUUACACAUCCAUGUUCGCCGAGGUCUUCUCCGUUGUCGUAUCUGCCAUUUGGGGAACCCUAAGCAUAAACGAGCUGAAGAACCUCAGUAGGUCUGAUAGGGUUGAAGAAAACGACUGGACGUUUGGGCAGGUUAUGUCUCUUGCCCUCUUGUUGUCGUCCUUACUCCCUAUAUUUGAUUUGCUUUUCAAGUCCUGCUUCACACGUAAGCAAUUAUCAGGGUGCCCGUUUGUCCCUAUCGGUGGUCCUAGCGCAACGCCUUGUGAGGCAGAAAUACAACUGGAAGACGUUGGUCAUAUGGAUGACAUGGGUUUUCGGCCCAUGUCUCUGAACUCAAAUACUCCAACACCCGAUGUCUCCUCAAGUACAAGUAAGCAGGAAAACAUGACAUUCUUAAGCCAACAAGAAAUUCAAUAGAGAAGAAAGAAAAACGACGUCUGACUAACAUAAUGACUCAUUUGACCUAGACCAAACAGAGCCUUUGAUGCCGGACACCGAAAGAAUGCCUUGCCAAGUCGGCCAACACAGCGAAAGACCCCUAGACUUCGAAAAAGAAAUCGCGUCUCGUGUCCGAGAAAGUGCCACGGCUUAUACCAAAGUCUGGACAAUGUCGGUUCUGUUAAUUAUGACCGGCCCACUAAGCUUGGUUCUUGCAUCUCUUCUUCCAGGAAUCUUACUGAAAAGUACAGUUAGACCUGAAAUCCACCUUGUAAACAGCAUAAGAGUUGUCGCUUUCUCAAUAUGCUUCAUCCAGCAGCAUAUAUACUUACGACUAUAUGUCAACCGAUUAUCUAAGUCUUGGAGACGGAAGGUCCUUUCUGUGACCCUAGUGGUUGUGGUGGCAGGCUUAGCCACUACUCUUUCUGUAUUCGUAUCAAUUGUCGGUGGACUCUCCUUGACUGUAACUCUGUGUGUUUCGUCUGGCUACUGCAUAAUGUUGCUUGUUAUUCUUGCUGAGUUUGGCUGGCUUCUUAUACAAGCCCGCAGUGUAUCUAU